CCAUCCUCGCACCUCUCGAACUCCAAGAAGGUCCAAUUAGCUUAUUGGGUUCGUUCUCAAGCCCAAUCUCUUUCUCUCGCUCACUCCUCUGCAAAACCCAAGAUCUCACUCCAGUCAGCCCCGGAGCUCGGUUUUCCGAGCUUCCGCAUACGACACUACCGAUCGGCUUUUAUACCGUCCGAUUCCGUUGACAUAUAGCUGGAAGAUAUAUAUCAAAACAAGAUGGCUACCCCUGAAGAAGACAAAGUGGUGGUGACCCCUGAUGUAAAAAAUCAGCUAGUCAGUACUGAUUCUCAACCAAGCAAGGAUCUGGGAAAUUGUGAAACUUUGCCCAACAGUAACGUGGAAAAUUCCAAUUCUCACAACGAUGAUCUCUCCAAUUCCAAAACACUACCUAACAAAGGACUUCCUGCAUCUGAAACCCAGGCUACUAUUGGUGAUGCAAAUGAGUUGAACUACUCCAAACAAUCACCAAACAAUGAGCCACAGAAUUCCGAAUCGCUACCUAACAACCAGUUGGGCAAUGUUGCAGCCCCACACAACAGUCAGCCAGUUGAUUCGGAAGCAGCACUCGAGAAUCUGUUGGUCAACUCUGAAGGACCACCUGUCGAUCAAAUUGUUAGUUCCGAAGCAACUCUUGACAGGAAUCCUGCCCUUGAGGCACCACCCAGCAACCAAGUGGUCAAUUAUGAGGCACUUCCUAACAAUGGUGUUGAUAAUUCUGAAAUUCGGAAUAUUAAAGAUGAGGUUGUAUCCGAAACACAGUGCACUGACGAGUUGGUUGUAUCUGAAACACAGCAUAGCAACGAGGUGGUCGUUUCUGAAACACAGCACGGCCAUGAGGAGAUGGUUGUAUGUGAAACACAGCACAGUAACGAGGUAGUUGUAUCUGAAACACAGCAUAGCAAUGAGGUGGUCGAUUCUGAAACACAGCACGGCCAUGAGGAGAUGGUUGUAUGUGAAACACAGCACAGCAACGAGGUAGUUGUAUCUGAAACACAGCAAAGCAAUGAGGUGGUCAUAUCUGUUGCACAGCCCUGUAGUGAGUUAGUCAUGUCUGACACACAUCCCAGCAAUGAGACUGUUAUACAUGACGCACAGAUCAGCAGUGAUGUGGUCAUGUCCGAAGCUCUGCAAGAAAAUGAGUUGGCCAAUUCCAUGACAGAUCCUAACAAUCAGCUUUCCCAUCCAGAAACUCUUCCUGAUAAUCAUCAGUUCACUAAUCUCCAUAUGAUUCCUGAAGAUCAGCUGCCUCAACCAGAAUCACUGCCGAAUUCAGAACCACUACCUAGUUCUGAAACACUUGCAGAUGGUCAUCUCACAGACAUCAAACCAACACCUCAUAACCAUCUGCCUGAUUAUGGUAUUCUGCCCAACAAUCAUCUGGACCGUUCUGAAGCACUGGCCAACCAUCAGCCAGCUAACUCUGAAAAUGAGUUGGCCAAUUCUACAACAGACCCCAACAAUCAGCUCUCCCAUCCAGAAACUCUUCCUAAAAAUCAUCAGUUCACUGAUCUCCAUAUGAUUCCUGAAGAUCAGCUGCCUCAACCUGAAUCGCUACCCAAUUCAGAACUGACACCUACUUCUGAACCACUGGCAGACAAUCAUCUCUCAGACAUCAAACCAAUACCUCAUAACCAUCUGUCUGAGUAUGAUAUGCUGCCCAACAAUCAUCUGGACCAUUCUGAGGCACUGGCCAACCAUCAGCCGGCUAACUCUGAAACAUUGUCCCAUGAUCAGCUAGCCAAUUCCCAAACUUUGACUCACUAUGAGCUGGCAUAUAGUGAAACACUGCACAACAAUCAGCUAGUCAAUUCUCAAGCACACUAUGAGAUAGUCAGUGCUAACACCCUUCCCAGGUAUGAGAUAGUAAAUGCUGAAACUCCACCAAACAAUGAGGAAAAUACCCCAGAAACACAGCCGAUUAAGAGGAGGAAAAAGAAGUCUAUGGUCUGGGAACACUUUACCAUAGAAACAGUCAGUCCUGGAUGUAGAAGGGCAUGCUGCAAUCGAUGCAAGCAAAGCUUUGCCUACAGUACCGGUUCAAAAGUUGCUGGUACCAGCCACCUUAAGCGGCACAUUGCCAAGGGGACAUGCCCAGCUCUUCUGCAUAAUCAAGAUCCAAAUCAGUUAACUCCGUAUACUCCACGUUUAAGUGGAAGUGGUGCUGGAAAUGCUAGCAAUACACCAAAGCGACGUUAUAGAUCCCAUAUCACUCCUUACAAAGUUUUUGAUCAAGAUCGUGGCCGUCAUGAGAUUGCCAGGAUGAUCAUUAUGCAUGAUCACCCCCUUCACAUGGUUGAGGAUCCAGGAUUUGUUGCAUUUGUCAAAAAUCUGCAGCCCCAGUUCAACAUGGUGACCUUUAACACUGUUCAAGGAGACUGUGUUGCAACUUACCUGAUGGAAAAGCAAAACCUUAUCAGGUAUUUUCAGAGAUUACCAGGACGUGUUUGUCUGACACUGGACAUCUGGACCUCAAGUCAAUCUGUAGGGUAUGUGUUUAUUACGGGACAUUUUGUUGAUACUGAUUGGAAGUUGCAGAGGAGAAUUCUUAAUGUUGUUAUGGAACCAUACCCUGAUUCUGACUCUGCUAUCAGCCAUGCUGUAGCAGUUUGCCUUUCUGAUUGGAAUUUGGAGGGAAGGCUGUUUUCUAUCACUUGUAAUCAGGCACUUACUGAAGUUGCCCUUGAAAAUCUCAGACCUUUACUCUCUCUGAAGAAUCCACUGAUCCUCAAUGGACAGUUACUGAUUGGAAAUUGCAUUGCCCGUACUUUAAGCAAUGUUGCUAAUGAUUUGUUGAGCUUAGCACAAGGCAUCGUCAAUAAAAUCCGGGAAAGUGUAAAAUAUGUGAAGACUUCAGAAUCGCAUGAGGAAAAAUUCCUGGAGCUCAAGCAGCAACUUCAGGUCCCCAGUGAAAGGAGUCUUUUUAUUGAUGACCAAACCCAAUGGAAUACAACAUAUCAAAUGCUGGUAGCAGCUUCUGAGCUAAAGGAAGUGUUUUCUUGUUUGGACACUUCUGAUCCUGAUUACAAGGGGCGGCCGACUAUUCAAGAUUGGAAGCUUGUUGAGACCCUCUGCACAUACUUGAAGCCUCUUUUUGAUGCAGCAAACAUUCUUACCACAACAACUCAUCCGACUGCUAUUACCUUCUUUCAUGAAGUUUGGAAAUUGGAGUUGGACCUGACUCGUGCUGUUAUGAAUGAGGACCCCUUCAUUAGCAACCUUACUAAAUCUAUGCAAGAAAAGAUUGAUAAGUACUGGAGAGAUUGUAGUCUGGUUUUGGUGAUUGCUGUAGUUAUGGAUCCUCGCUUCAAGAUGAAGCUUGUUGAAUUCAGUUUCACAAAAAUCUACGGUGAGAAUGCUGAUGUGUAUAUCAAGAUUGUUGAUGACGGGAUUCAUGAGCUAUUUUACGAGUAUGUAGCCCUUCCCCUGCCACUAACACCAGCUUAUGUGGAAGAAGGAAGUGCUGGAAGCCACAUGAAGGUGGAGGGAUCCCCAGGAGGAACUCUGUUGUCAGAUAAUGGUCUUACAGAUUUUGACGCCUACAUCAUGGAAACUACUAGCCAACAGAUGAAGUCUGAAUUGGAUCAGUACCUGGAAGAAUCACUGUUACCGCGUGUUCCGGACUUUGAUGUUUUAGGUUGGUGGAAGUUAAACAAAUUCAAGUACCCUACUCUGUCCAAGAUGGCCCGGGACAUAUUGACUAUUCCAGUUUCUACUGUUCCUUCUGAGUCUGUCUUUGAUAAAAAAAGCAAAGAGAUGGAUCAGUAUCGAAGUUCCUUGCGACCAGAGACAGUGGAGGCCCUUGUAUGUGCCAAAGACUGGAUGCAGUAUGGAGCAGCUGAAGCUUCGAAUGCACUCGUGAAAAUGGAAUUCUAGAUUUUAGGUUGUACACUGUAUGAUGGUAGGCUAUCUGGUAUUUUACUUUUAGCUCUUAGUUGUCUGUUAAGUUAUAUAUGUAACAUUUUAAGUGGUUAUUUGGAUGAUUGGAGGUGAAUAUUUGAAUUAGUGUAGCUUCGGAUUUUGAUACUAUGCGCAAUUGGAAAAUGAAACCCCAUCAGGACUCAAAAACUACAGAUGGUUGGAUUGGGCUGGUUUUUCCCAUCAGGAAUCAGCUUAAAUCUGGGAUAUGUAUUGCAUAUCCAG